AUAAACUUAAUGUAUGAACUAGAACUGUCAUGGAGUCCAGAGGACGGUGUGAUGUGAAAGAUAAAUCUCGUCUAAAAGUACGAUCCAAGUCUGCGGCCAGCCUCAAGAAUUCUCCUUAUUAUGAGAGAUUUCUUUUCUUUGAGAAAAUAUCCAGCAGCAGAGGGUCGUGUUGUAAGGAAAGAUCCACCCCCCUGAGGGAUUCAGCUAUAGACUGCAGAAACGACAUAGUUGUGGCCCAAAGUACUCGGCAGAACUCGCUAGCCAAAACUGAAACUGCGCCAGAAAGUCGGAAUGGCUCAACUCGAGAUGAACAAACAUCAAAUCGGUAUAGCUCGCUUAGAGACAAACAUCUUAGAAAAAGUCGUGCAGACUCAAAAGUGGAGAAAAGUCGAGCGGCACAUUUCAACUUUGCGUACGGACGAGUCAGUGUUGGGGAGUGUCCAGAAGAUGAUGUCUCCAAUUCAUUCCGUCUUCCUGAAACGCCUCUUCGUCAACGACACUCCUCUGAACCCAGGCAUGCCAAAUCUCAACGCCUUGGUGUAGGACGCCCUGAUAGUGUUCAGACUGAAAUUGAGAGAACUUCUGACACUCUUGACGACUGUGACAAUAUGAAAUGCACGCGCUUACACAACAGCGGUUCAGAAAAGAUCUUCGAAGACCAUUCCCUCAAAGGAUCUCAAAUUACCAAUACCGAUAGCAUGGUGUCAACAUCUCUAAUGGUUAAUGAAACAUACUCGCGACGCUGCCAUAGUUCGCCGGAUAUGACUUUGAUUACCCCGAAGCUAAAGAUAAGUCCUUCCUUUGAUGAUUUUAUCCCCGGAGAUCCAUCUUCGCCAGACUCUCAGUUCAAACCUGUGAACGAGUCGCAUUCUCAGUGUUCGGGUGAGCUCUUUCAAAGCCGAAGCGUCUCUCCUGCAGACUUCUUCUACAGUGCUUCUGUGUAUCCAUCUCUGAUGACAACAUGCAGCAGCCCAAAGUCAGAGCCGACACCAAUUCAACGAAUGUUCAGGGAUCCGGCUGAGCUAUGUGGGCAGCGGUCAGAGGCGAGCAUACAUCUCACUAGCUCGUGCACUAACUUAGCUCUGCCCAAGGAAACCACCCGAAGGAUUCAUGUCAUUAAAACUGCCCAUUCGGCUCCUAGUUUACCAGUGGAGUCUUCCCCAAGACUCGUGGACGAUUGGCUAACUUCCGUCUUGAGGCUACGCGAGGACACCCCGGAGACCUGGAUAUACCCCGAAGACGAGCAAGGCCCGUGCGUUUUCAUGCCAGAUAACGCUGGUGAUGCGGACAACUUUGAGACUGGUUCUGAUCAGGUGGGAACUGGUGACCAUGAGGAGAUGAUUAAGGCACCAAGUCUCGAGAACUCGACCCAGGAGGACAAACAAUGGUCAACUACAGGCACCAACACCGAUAUCUCUAUACAAUCAACAGAGACCUUUACAAACCACGACAAUGGCGCAGAACUUUUUUUCAAUCAUAACGACCAACCCACGAGAUGUCCCACUUGCUCCCUUGGGGCCAUAGCAAUAGAUUCCCCCUACGAUAAAUGUUGCUCUUACUGUUGUUUACACCACAAGAACAAACAAUGCUCCCAGGUUCACUUUUCUCACAUUUACCACCACGGCCUCUCUGGGUUGGAUGACCACCAAGAAGCUGGAUAUAACGCUGAGAUUACUUCCAAUGACAGAUCUUUAACUCUGGCUUCCAGACAUUUAUUCGGGACUUCAGAAUAUACUCCAGAUUUGAGCCACAAAUCAGAAAUAACGAUAUGUAUUUCUGGAGAAGAUGAAGUGGGUAAGAGCAGUCUAAGCACUAAGCUUUCUGAAGACAUUGAAAGAAGCCUCUCGUUGAAAGAUUCUCUUAAAGAACUCCGGGCUUCCCCACACUACAUCUUCCCUAGCAGCAGACCAAUGUACGAGGAAAACAUCUCAAGUCUAGUGCCUCAGCUAUCUCCGAGAAACAGUAUAGGAAGUAUUUGCAGCAUCCAGUCCUUCCGGUCCAGCAACGCUGACUCGGCAGUGGACCUGGGGCCUCCCGACGACGAUCAUGACUUUGAGUUUGCAGACUUCCUCAACCAGCACCAGUCCAGACGAUUUUCCAGCAGAAGUGACAAUGGCGAAACUGCCGAUGUGGAUCAACAGGGCGAGUCUUCCUACAACUCCUCAGAGAAAUGCUCCAUUGCGUUAAACUUAACACAUUCCUCCAUCAGGCAAUCGCCUCUUCAUUCUGGCAUCAUGAACCGCAUUGAGCCUCAGUGCAUUUCAGCCCACUUUAUUUCGCCUCAAAGCGUCAAGGCAUAUUGCGAGAAAACAUUUUUUGCAUUAGAUCCUCAAGUAAAAAGCGAUGAUUCGUUUGAGUCUAAACUCUCACUAUCUAAAGAAUCUCAUUCAUCAGGCUUUAGAUUGUAUGAAUCAGUCUCAAAAUCGAGUAGAGAUUCUUUGGAAUCGAAUACAGAUAACCAGACGAACUUGACAGCAGAUACGAGCUCUGAUAUUUAUCUCCAGUCUAAAUGUUCGAUAUCCGAAUCGACAGUUACCAAAUCGGAGCCUCAGCCGUCCAACAGAUUUGUUCAUAAUACCAAUUCCGGGUUUUCCCCAACAAAAUUGCGACACGAGGUUCUCAUCCCAGAGAACCUUCUACACAAUAUCCCUGAGCUGGUGAUCAGUGACCACAGCGAGACUGACCACCCGAUGUUGAACAAUGACCAAGGGUCUCUGGACGAGGCUGAGAUAGAGCUGGAGUCCAUAGGAAGCGGAAGCCGAUUUUCUCCCAUAGCUCCGUCACCAACUCCUUCCUCGGACAGUGACUUGUUGCAAGUGGAAGGUCAGUGCGGCUUCCGGUCACCGUCGGUGUCUUCCGUCUGCUCCGAUGUGUCCACCUGCUCCACUUGCACCAUAUAUUCGGACAGCGAUGUAGAAAAGCCAAGAAAGCAAAGCUCGUGGCGCAAAAUUCGCAGUUUUAUUCUCUGGUCUCCUUUCAUCCAAGUUUUCAAAAAGCACAGGUAUCCAUGGAUACAGCUUGCCGGUCAUCAAGGCAACUUCCAUGCUGGGGAGGCUGGCUCUGUGCUGAAAAAGUUAGACUCAAGAGAACAGACAUGUUUUAUAAAGCUGAUGUCUGACCCACUUAAACACUGUGUUCCAGAGUACAGGGGAGACGUGGAGAAAAAUGGAGAGUUAUUCAUUCAACUGCAAGACCUUCUGUGUACAUUCAAUCAUCCCUGUGUGAUGGAUGUCAAAAUGGGAGUCAGGACAUAUUUAGAAGAAGAGUUACAGAAAGCUAGAAAAUCCCCCUCACUAAGAAAGGACAUGUAUCAAAAGAUGAUAGAAAUAGAUGUGACAGCACCAACCAGUGAGGAGAAUGAACACAAGGCAGUCACCAAGCCGAGAUACAUGCAAUGGAGGGAUGAGAUGAGCUCCUCUGUGGAACUUGGUUUCAGGGUGGAAGGCAUUAAGAAGAGUGAUGGCAACUCAAGUAAAGAUUUUAAAAAGACAAAAACCAGAGAAAAUGUUUUUGACAUCCUCAAGUCAUUUGUGGGUGAUAAUGAAUGUAUAUUGGAUAAAUAUAUCAGAAGAUUAAAGGACAUUAUGACAACUCAGGAAUCAUCAGAAUUCUUUUCAUCCCAUGAGGUCAUUGGCAGUUCAUUAUUAUUUGUUCAUGAUGCGGACAAUAAUGUUGGUGUUUGGAUGAUUGAUUUCGGCAAAACUGAGCCACUUCCCACAGGAGUCACAAUAAACCAUAGGAACCAGUGGCAGGAGGGCAACCAUGAAGAUGGAUAUUUGUUUGGUUUAGACAAUUUGGUUUCUAUUUUCACAGAAGUUCAGAAGGGUAUACAAUCCAGCCCAGUUUAGACAUUUUAUUGUAUUUGUGUUUUCCAUAUUCUCUUUACAAUAGAAGGAUUUAUUGUGUGACUGUACACUUGGGGUAUUGUUCAUUCAUAUGUAGAUAAAAUAAUAUCAUAGGAUAUUUGCGAUUGGUUCAGAAUCAAGUAUUUUGCCACAUUUUCAAAUCCAACAAUAUUUUUUAUGCAGCAGAUUUGAUAGAUAAAUACUUUUUUUUUAAUAUAAACAUUAUUUACACAUUAUAUGCGAUAAGCUUACUUUUUCUUUUUAAAGAAUAUGUGUAUAUUAUAUAUACUGCUGAAAUCAAUCAUUUUUAGAUUUAAUUAUACCUGAUAUCAGUGCUUCAAUAAUCUAAUUUUUGAAACUUGUUGAAUAGAACUAUUAUUUUCAUGACCCAAGAGAAAUGUCAAAUCAUAGAAACAUUCCUCAUCAAAUAGUUAUUGAGAAUUCCAGUCCCAUAUACACUUACUAAUAACACUGUAAGAAAGAACAUUUCUUCCAACUUGUACACUACUACUGGUAGAUCUACUUAAUCCACAUCUCCUGCGCCAAGUUGUUUUGUUUUUUAUCUUCAUUCACCAAGAAAUCUUUGCCCACCUUCCAAGAGUGAUUUGCCCAUCUUCUAGGAGAUGUUUGCCCCUUUUGCUUAAGUUGUUUGGUGCAUUUUUUCGACAGAGAUGAUAAUAAUAAGGCUUGUCAUCGAGUCUGAAGGUUACGGAGGAGUGCAUAUGACUCCGCAGUCCUAGUUGUGAUCUACAUAUUAUGCCUUAUUCAGGGCAGACAUAACCUUUGUCUCCUACGGUAGUCGAUUUAUGUUCUCUUUCUGACAUCCAGUCAAUCCUCAAAGAUAGGUCUAUGUAGUGGGAGACAAUCUGUUAUACAUAGUUAUCUGACUCUUGCAUUGUUAUCAUUUAUUUCCAGAGAGUUCUCAGUUAUGAUGCUCAUGGUAAACAUAAUAAAGUUGACACUAUCAACUGUACUGUAUUGCAGUGGUGUAGCUAGGGAUUUUGGGACCUUAAGGGGGUUGGCCUCUCUAGGGGCCCCUGCAUUUUGACAUUCGACAUCAUGACAUGAGAUAAUGUACAUAAUAAAUCUAUGUCUAAUGUGGGAAAUGCAUGCAACAGGGUCAUUAACGUACAUAGCAACGUGAAUAGCAAGAUUACAUGGCAGUGACAUAAAUAUUUAAUGUAAAUAAAUAUAUUGUUAAUUUCUGACACUAAUUUGGACACCCCCCCCCCCACUCCUCCCUUAGCUACACCACUCCACUGUAUUGUGUGUUUGAGAUUAAUACUUUUGUGCCUGAAUGCCCUAGAAUAGUGUCAUAAAUAAAUUCAGAGUUAAUGGUUGUGAACAAAAUAUAUUUAAGAAUCAACUUGUUAAAUGCCAAGCUUUAGAAUUGGCAUGGCCUCCUUUGUGUAAAUAAUUUUCUAUUCAGUGACCCCUAGUUGCUGUUGUCAUAAAUGUUUGUUGUUGUUUGCAUUCAAUUCACAUUUAAUGUCACAAAUGUUUUGUAUAUCAUGAAUUAAUAACACUUUACAAUAUUUGACUUAAAAAAUUAUGGUGCUUGUUAUAAAUUUGUUUUAAGUUAAAACUAUUUUAUAUGUAAAUUUAUUGUAAAUAUGUACAUUUAUAAAUAUGAAUCCUAUUUCAAAAUGUCAACAUCUUUACUUUCAUUCUGUGUGUGUUACAGUGUGAAUGAAUGAAGGCUAUAAAAAAGGGUCCUAUGAUGAGGACAUACUGAAGCAAAACUUCACUUACAAUCAAUUAAAAGCAUGACUUACUGAAUUUCUAAGGGGGAUAUACAUUUAAAACCCCAUGUUUAUAAUUCAAGUCCUUCAAUUGACUUAUCUUUGAAUUGCAAAUCAUCCAAGCAUCACCUAGCUAGCUUUUCCCCACUAAUACCUACUUAAGGGAUUCAUCUUCACAUUUUUAAACUUUGGAAAAAAAGGGAAAUUUUUAUUACAAUCCUAAGCAAGCAUCUAUUUUUCUUUUCUUCUAUUUAAUUUAAUAAUGCACUGUUUAAUUGAUUAUGUGGAAAAUUGAAUCUAUCUGAUCAAUGCGCAUAUAUAUAUAUAUCCAGAUGAUACAAAAAUGGUUCCAAAUAUUGGUAGGCCUAAAUAAAAUUUCUAAAAAUUUCUUACGUUUAAAAAGAAAAAAAAAUAGAUUUCAAAUGAAACAAUUUGUAAUAUAUGUAGGCUUACCAAAUUUGUUUGUAAAAUUUUCAGAUUAUAAAGUAAAAAGAAAAGGUCACACCUGUAAUUACCUAUGGUGUUAUAUUUUUUUCAUCUGUGUCUAUUUUCAGUUAACUCCCUUUUAACCAUUUCACAUUUAUUUUCUAUAGCCCACUUUUUUUUUGCUGCUGAGCUGUUUAGUUUGUUUGUUGUUUUUUUGCAUACAGGUCAUAGGAAAAUAACAUGCUGUUUUCCCCAACUGCCCAUGCUGCCAUACAGGGUGUUGGCUACAUAGGUUAAUGGUUGUUGAGAUAAUAGGUGAGGGUAAUAUGGGACAUUCCCGAAAAAAAAAAUAGUUUGACAACAGUGUGAGAAAAGUAUCUGUGAAAGGACUCAGUUUGUGGGAUUUGAGUUAUUUAGAUGGAAUUGUAUGUCCUGUUGUUAGCUGGUAAACCAUUAUAUUAAAAAAAUAAUUUUCCAUAACCAUCCUGUCUGCCAAGUUUCCACGGAAGUACUUCUAUCCCAUGGUACUUGCAAAGUCAGAGGUACAUGUGUGUAUAUUAUUUUACUUUAGUAACCAUGGCAUAAAACGGUGAUCUACACCAAAAGUAAUAAAAGUACUCCUGUGUUCAGUUAUGAGCUGUGCCUGAAUUAUUGGUCUUUUUAUGCACUAAGUCUUUACAUUCCUCAACUCUGACCUUAUAUUUAACUCGUUAUAUUUAGAAAACGCCUGAUUGUAUAUUUAAAACAUAAAUUUGCAAUUUUGCCUUAGGUUCUCAUGUAAUCUGUAUUAAUGCAAUGAUCUAUCAUUAAAUUGUGAUUCUUAUAUAGCCUGGUAUAAAUAAAUGAUUUCGUCUGUAAAUAUGAAAAUGUUGGACUUCAAAGUUUGUUUCACAGUUUUCUGAAUCUCAAUAGCUACAUAACCUUUUGUGAAUGUUUUGAAUAGCUUGCGCUUAUGCUCAUUUUAUUGCUUUGUAUUAUGUAAUCUAGUAUUGUUACUUCUAAUGAAACCUAAAUGUAUUUUGUGAGUGAAACACAAUCAAAACAUUGAAAAGUAUUGUUGCAUUGAAUUUAAGUUUCUGAUUUUAAUUUUUGAUAAAUAUGUCAAGCUAAAAGUUAUAAUUCCCCAUAAUGCAAUCCUCUAAAGGGUUUUUUUUUUUCGGUAACACAUUUCUGUUUCUCCUUUUAUCAAAUAUUGGAGAUUUUCAUUAUGGUGGGAAGAUUAUAAUAGCUUGCUUUGUGGUGUAACCAGCGUACAACAUAAAUGAAGUAUAUAAAGAAUAUAUAAGUAUAUAAGAAUUUGUGUGAAUAUUUUAGCACUGCAGAAUCAAACUUUCCAAGCUCUUCCGCUUGUAGCUCAAUAAUUUCAAUGUUAAGGACUCAUUAGACUUUCACUCUUGGUAUCUGAAAACUAAGGGUCUGCUAAUUGAUAUUAUUAAAGGAGACUUGAUAUGAAGAUCCACUGUCACGCAUUGAGAUAUUGUAAAAAUUUUAUCUCGCUUCUUUUGUAUUUAGUUGGCAACAUUGAGGUUCAAUUUAGCAUCCUUGACAUUGGUUAAUUUUGUCAUGAAAAUUUCUGGCUCAACAAAUAACAAAACCUGUAUAACUGAAUUUUCAUUUAGGCCUUUGACCAUAUAAUAGAAAUUUGUAGAUUUUAUUUUAGCUAAUAAUAAUAUAUAUUGUCUUCUCUCACUUAAGCUAUGAUUGUUGUAUUACUGUAACAGUCACAUUUAUUGUCAAAAUCAAUCAUGUGUUGUUCCCGUCAUGAUUGUGAUACCUGUUACUGGGAGAUAUAAAAAUACAGCAAUAAAAUGAAGUUUUAUCAGCUUAAAUAUUGAAACAGUAAAAGUAUUUUUCAAUAGCUUCAAAAUAAUUAAAAAAAUGUAUUGAAAGAAUAUAAUAUAGACCUACUACAUUCAAAUUGGAACCCCUGUUGAAUUGAUAGCCUCAAAUCCUUCUUUUCCCUUUUAUAUACUUAGCUAUGUUUCCAUUUCCCGAAGGUUCCAGUAAGGUUGUUGGCACUCCUGGUUAAUUGUAUUUUUUUUUAACAUUCUCUCUCCCCUGUCACAUUGGACAUGGUUUUUAACAUCAACAGUGAUGAUAGUGAUCUACUGGACUUUUAAUAAUUUUAAACUGUAAUGCCCAAAAGAACUCUAACACUAGUUUGUUUUAAGCUUUAGUCAUUGUAUGAACACUGUUUUCUGUAAAAACUACACUGUAAAUUUAUAUAUUACUAAAUCAAUUUUUACGCAAGAGAUCCCUUGGUGUCCUGUCAUUCUAUUUUGAUCUAGUAUUAUUCUACAUCGUGUUUGGUAUCACUUUAAUUUGGUUUUUUACAUAGUCCAUUAUUGUUUUAAGUAUAUGUGCACUUAACGUUUUUAUUACCUCCCUUGCUUGUUUGAAAUGACUGUAUUAUUUGAUCUAUAAAUAGAAGCUGCAAAAUACAUCAAA